AUGAGCCAGGGGCAACCGAGAAGGCCGCCGCAGGGCGAGGCGGCCCCGCAGGUGCCGGACCAGCCCAUCAAGUACGGCGACGUGUUCGACGUCACGGGCGACCUGGCCGACCGGCCCGUGGCGCCCAGGGACGCCGCGCUGCUGCAGUCGGCGGAGCAGGCCGUGCUGGGCCGGACGCAGAGGGGCGGGCCCGCCGCCGUCCUGCAGUCCGCGGCCGCGCUCAACGCGCGCGCGGGCCACGUCGGGAAGGGCCAGAUCACGGGACCCGCCGCCGACGCCGGCGCCACCGUCACGGAAGCCGAGCUCCCGGGCCUCCGCGUCGUCACCGAGUCCGUCGGUGGGCAGGCCGUGGCGAAGCUCGUGACCCCGGCGCCGGUCGUGGCAACGGACCCGUCGGGCGCGGCGGACCAGGACGCGGUGACCAUCGGCCGCGCGCUGGAGGCCGUGGCCGCCACGGCCGCCGGGGGCAAGCCGGUGGACCAGAGCGACGCGGCUGCCGUCCAGGCCGCCGAGAUGUGCGCCACGGCGUCAAGCGCCACCGCCCCCGGAGGCGUGGCCGCGGCGGCGCAGGCGGCGGCCGACCACAACGCCCGCGCCGCGCGCGACGAGGACAAGGUCAAGCUCCGCGACGUCCUCUCGAACGCGAGGGAGAAGAUGCCGGCGGACAGGGGAGCAACGGGGGAGGACGCCGAGAGGGUCGUGUCUGCUGAGAUACGGAACAAGCUGGACAUGGCGACCACGCUGGGCGGUGUGGCGGAAGCGGUGACCACCGCGGCGAGGCUCAACCAGGAGCGCCCGUAGCGUACUGUGUCCGUUUUAACAUGGAA